AUGGCUUCAAGCAACUCAACAAGGAGUCCCAUCGGCAAAGAUAUAUUCAAAGAUAAAGAUGUCUUUAGUUACGUUGCCGAAGUUUUAAGCUUUGAACAGAACUCGGUCUUGCGUCGUAACAUCAACAAAGAUCGGUACGAACUCAUAAAGGAAUUUUAUAUUCACCGUGAGCUGCUCGAAUAUGAACAUUUGGUUAUGCUUCGGAUAUUUCUGAGUAAAUUCAACCACCGCAAGCUCAUUGUUAUGAUGGAUGGGUUCGAUGAAAUCGCUCCGGAUUACCAAAAUAUUGUACUUAAGAUGUUAGAAACUCUUCAUAGUCUCCAAGGAGUUUGUAAACUGUUCGUUUCUAGCCGUCCUUACGAUUUCAAACGAGAAAUGGAUACAAUUUUAGCUCUCAACGAGGAAGUUCAGGAGCUUUUAUCACCAGAACAGCAGGAGGCUGGCAAAAGUUAUAUUUUAAAAUUGAAAAAUUCAACGGAAAAGUCCGGCGUCAUUAACGGAGUGGUUGAUGAUGUGCCAAUUUUUGUUCACAGAAUAUUUGUCGAUUACUUUGCAGCUCUAUGGUUCUUCCACAAUGCUGCAACAACAUUCGAGAUCACAGAACCACCAACCAGCACCUGA